UGUGCACAUGGAUGGGUCUGCUGCGAGAGCGAGAACCAGCAUCGGAGUGGAGUGGAAACAGGAAGAGGAGGAGAAGAGGGAAGAAAGGAGAGGAUCGUGCGAGAGACGAGGUGGCCAGGAGUUGAAAGGGAGGAAAAAGGGGAACAGAGGGGCGUGCGACGAGAGAGAACCAAAACAAAAACAACAAAAAAAAAAGAAGCUAGCCAAGGAUGAGGAUGUCUAUUUAGAGGGAUCCGAGACUCCGCGGGUCUGCUGUCUUUCUAUUCCGGCCUGACAGCAUCAUCUAAUUUGGACCAGAAAGUCCCCACUCCCACUCACCCCCAACUCCACCAACAACACUGUUCUCUCAGCAUUUAUUUUGAAGACUGCUUUUUUUGCUCUCAGGUGUGAAGUGGAGGGCCUCCAAAACACAGACCAAGACUGGCUGCAUGUAUCACCCAGCAGAGCUCUACUCUGGCCGUAACACAUGGGACUCCUACUCAGCUGGAGGACCUAACAAAGGACAAUGGGCUCCUGUAAAUGCUCGCCCCUGGAGCCACACACAGAGGCUGCAAGAAGGGCGCAAACAGCCAUAUCAUUCUCUGUCAAGUCGUAUUUAUAGCAGGGGUGACAGAACAAUCAACCAUGUCCCGGACAAAGGUAUCUCAAAGGGGCAUAGCCAGCUGCUGCGAAUUUGGGAUGGUAAAGAGGUGCAGUUUGAGGUCCAGAACUGGCAUCACAACUCCAUCCAUUCGUUCCACAUCCGAGAUGGCAUCAACAAUGGUUAUCUGCCAGGACCAGAGGAACGCUACGCAAACUGGCAAAACAAUAACGGGGGUCCUCGCCUGCAUCGCAACAAUAGGGAGCUUCAGGGAACCACGCCAGAGAGAUGGGCCCACUCGGACCCCCGCAGGAGUUUCCCAGACAGGAUGGUGAACAACAGAACAGGACCAUGGAAACGGCCAGCCCUCCACCAGCGACGGGAGCAAGCGCAUCAUCACAGUUCACCGCCAGAGCACCCAUUAAUCCCCCGAGAUGAGUGUCCAGCUAAGAGGAGAAGAGACUUGGGACCUGAUCAGGCUUGUCACACUGGAUCCAGGCACUUACCUUUACUUGCUCAUGCCCCAUCACCACCUCACCAACAGCGCUCCAACCAGGACGACUGGAAGCCUCCAAGUGACAGAGCGGGUCCAUGCCACUACUCUGAACACAGGACCUCAACAAAACAGCAACAGGAAACCUCUAAACUGCGAGCUGGGAAACACGGCUUCAGUGACCCAGUGCCAUCCAACCAGAGCUGCGGCAGGAGGCCACCGCAUUAUGGAAGCAGAGGGAAGGUCGAACGGAAAAUCUCAUCUUCACCAGCAGACCACACCCGUGUGCCUUACAGCCACCAACACCAUCACUAUAACCAUCAACGGCACACAGGCCAGCCUAGAGCACCUCAGCACAACGCCCCACUACACCCUCUGGAGGAUAAGGACUCUUGGAACCAUUAUCACAAACAAAGCACAGAGAAUCAGCGCAUUCAUCAACGGACAAAUUCAAGGGACCCCUCCUUCUCGAAAUCUGGUGUAAACUCUCCUCAGUACUCAUCUGUACUCUGUGGUCCGAACAAUGGAGGUUCUACUUCCAGCAGUACAGGUGCUCCUUCCAGUCCUUCUUCAGACAAAAUGCUCAAUGGCAGAAAAGAUUCACCAGUCAUUCAGCCGCGUUGUCCCAGCCUCAGUGGGCAGCUAAAGCUCCAAGAAAGUCCCAGUGUCAUCCCGAGACCCAGUCGGGGAUCAAGUACAUCUCCGACACCCCACGCUGGUUCAAAAUCUAGGCUUUCGGACCUCAAGUACAGGAAGACCUCACAGCUCCUCUGCUCACUGCAGUCUCCCCACGAUAGAUCAAGAUUGGACAAGCCUGAGAGGGAGUUAGAAGAUAAAAAGUCUGAAUCCAAACAAAAGUAUAAGCUGCUGAAAAAGGAGAAGAAGGGUGACGUUCCGAAGAUGGGCAGAAAGGGUGAGGACAGAAAAAGGCGGAAGAAAAAAGAGGAGAAAAGGCUGGCCGAGAAGAAAAAGAAACGCGAUAAAGCAUCUAAGAAGGAACGAAAAUUAGCCCUCAAAAUGAAAGUUACAGAACAGGAAAUGUUUUCUUCCGUCUCUGUUUCCACCUGUCUAAGUGAGGCCAAGAUAAGUAAAAUGCAGACUUUGAACGGAGAGAAUCAGGCCCAGUCACCACCCAAACACAAGCACAGGGACAGGAGUGAAAAAGGAGAAAAGAUUACGCAUAGGUCAUCCACAAACACCCUUCAUCCCAGGCCCACUUCACAGCAGCCAUCCUCAAAGUCUGAAAAUCACAAAAUGCUCAAAAAGAGCAGCAGUGCCCCAGAAACCCCUCUUCCUAAGAAAACCAGCCACCACCAGGCCAGCAAGCGUUCCACCAUCGUCUCAACCCAACUAGAAGGUGAGCCAAAAGCAAAGCCAGAUGACACACUCCCUUCCCUCUUAUUUAAAGCCUUAGCGCCUCUCAGUACUGUGUGCUCGUCUGGCUUAGAGCAGCAAGGUGGGCAGGGAGGAGUUCUCAAUGCUCCAGACCUUCAGCCUGUGGCUGUGAUGGGAAAUUUAAGGGAAACGGGAGACAACCUUGCCAACACACCUCCUGUGCUUAGCUGGCAGGGAUCUCCAGUAUCAGAUCUUGGAGAUGAUGAGGAGGAGCUAGAGAAAGGUGUACUAAGCAGACCUGUCCUCCAGCUCAGCCCCACUCAAUGUCUUUCACCCCCUCCUGUAGAGAGUGAAAGCAUUGAUCAUAUGAGUGCAGAAGAUUAUUCCCACAGCAGCAUGUCUGAAUUCUCCGAUCUACCUUGUACAAUUGAACAAGUUCUGGAGGAAGAAAAGGAAGUGAUGAUGGACAGCAGCAGGAAGCUGUCUGGCUCUCCCCUUCAUGAGUUUCACAAUGAUGACGCAGGUCUUGAUGAUGUCUUUGAGAGCCUGGCCACCUUACUUGCCAGCCAGAGGGUCGCGUGCCGAGGUGGUCCAUUCGGCGGUCCUCCUGCUAGUGAUGCCAAUGGAGUGAAGUACUCUUCCUCUCUUGAGCUGGGCCCAGAUAUCCACUGCCCCGAGAGUCAGGACUUCUUCCCUACAUCAAAUCCCACAGAAUCCUCCGAACCCAGCAAUCAAUCACUAGUUCACAUUACCUCAGACACACUUGAAGAAUUCCACAGUCGGACAGAUGUGAGUAAGCCAGCCACCAGCUCAAUGGUGCAGGAAAAAGAGGAGGAAAAUGAGAGUUAUGUACAAGAUGUGAUGAAACAAGACAACAAGGAUGCAGCAAUCCCGAUGGAGAGGACGGAGACUCUUUUGGAUGGGGCACUGAGUGCGGAGCUGACUCUGACCACAACACAUACAGUAAUGAAGAUGGUAAAGCAAGCUCCCUCUACCAAGGAAGAAAGUGGAAACGGCACAAAGACAGAACGUGCAGGCAAAGAGAAAAAGAGAAAACAGAAGGUAAAGGAUGGGAAAGGAGAGGGAGCGAUCAAGAUUAAGAUAAAGAGAGAAGAAAAUAAGGUCAUCAGCUGUAAAAUUAAAACAAGUAGAGUACCCGAUGUAAAAGACAGCGAUGCUUUAUCUUCAGUGCCAGUUAUUUCAUUCUCAGCCAGACCGGUCAAAGACAGCAUGAAGGGCCAGACUCCUCAGGAAAAUCAAACCCCAAAUGGCAAAGAUAUAAAAAGACAAAAAAUGGACACUGGGAAUUCAAAUGCAACAACAGAUGAGAAGAAAGGGUUCGUUAAUGAGACUGCCUGUGUAGUCGGAAAUACAGACAUUACCACCUCAAAUUCAACAUCAGCUGUAUCAACAAGUCCAACCAAAUUAGAUCGUCCUGCACCAGCAAGUAAAGUGGACCCACUGAAACUGAAAGCGCUGUCCAUGGGCUUGUCUAAGGAGCUGAAGAUCCUCUUGGUUAAAGUGGAGAGCGGCGGAAGGCAGACAUUCAACAUAUCAGAGGUGCAGGAGCACCGAAUCCCAAUCCCACUUUCCAAGAUCAGCAUCACAAACACAGCCGCUGAUGUGAUCAGAGCAUGCAGGGGGGCAAGUCUGAAAGGGAAAUUCAAGGAGUCGUAUUUGCCUCCCGCAUUCUCGGUUAAACCCAACAUUGCAGCCGAGACCCCCAUUCCUCGUGAUAAGCGGAAUCCUCCUACACCAAGCAUCUAUUUGGAGAGCAAGAGGGAUGCCUUUUCUCCGGUUCUGCUUCAGUUCUGCACUGAUCCCAAAAACGCUGUUACGGUCAUCAGAGGCCUCGCUGGCUCCCUCCGCCUUAAUCUUGGUCUGUUCUCAACCAAAUCUCUGGUGGAGGCCAAUUCGGACCAUGCAGUGGAAGUGAGGACUCAGGUUCAGCAGCCUGCUGAUGAGAACUGGGAUGCAAGUGGCGCGAGUCAGACAUGGCCCUGCGAGAGCAGCCGCUCACACACCACCAUUGCCAAAUACGCCCAGUACCAGGCCUCCACCUUUCAGGAGAGCCUGCAGGAGGAGAAGGAGAGUGAGGAUGAGGAAGAUGAGGAACAGACUCCAAACCAAUCGGCGGCCACAAAAGCCGCUCUGACAUUAUCCAACAGUAAAGGCAAUCAUACCUCAAAAGCCAGUUCUGCGUCCAUCUUAAGCAAAGCUCAGCCUCCCCAUGCCAACAGCUCUCUGAGCUCAGAGCAAAAACCUGUUGGAAAGAUCAUUAAAUUCGGGACCAACAUAGAUCUGUCUGAUCCUAAAAGGUGGAAGCCCCAACUGCAGGAGCUGCUGAAGCUGCCAGCUUUCAUGCGAGUGGAAUCCAGCAACAACAUGCUGAGUCACGUCGGUCACACCAUCCUGGGCAUGAACACUGUCCAGCUUUACAUGAAGGUGCCGGGCAGCCGUACACCAGGUCAUCAGGAGAACAACAACUUCUGCUCAGUUAACAUCAACAUUGGGCCCGGUGACUGCGAGUGGUUCGCAGUCCAUGAGCACUACUGGGAACUUAUUAAUAAUUUAUGUGAAAAGCAUGGAGUAGACUACCUUACAGGCUCCUGGUGGCCAGUUCUAGAGGAUCUCUACAGUUCCAACAUCCCUGUGUACCGCUUCAUCCAGAGGCCAGGCGACCUGGUGUGGAUUAAUGCAGGGACUGUGCACUGGGUCCAAGCUGUGGGCUGGUGCAACAACAUUGCCUGGAAUGUGGGACCGCUCAACUCAUACCAAUAUCAACUCGCCCUGGAGCGCUUUGAGUGGAACGAGGUGAAGAAGGUUAAGUCAAUCGUUCCCAUGAUCCACGUUUCCUGGAAUGUGGCUCGCACAAUUAAAAUCACAGAUCAGGAUACCUUCAAGAUGAUCAAACACUGCCUGUUGCAGUCCAUCAAGCACAUCCAGAUUCUGAGAGACCAGCUGGUGGCUGCAGGGAAGAAAAUCUGUUACCAGAGCCGCGUGAAAGACGAGCCAGCCUACUACUGCAACGAGUGUGAUGUGGAGGUGUUUAACUUGCUGUUUGUGACCAGUGAGAACAGUAGUAAGACGACCUACGUGGUGCACUGUGAGGACUGUGCCAGAGCUAAGAGCCCAUUGCUGACAGGAGUAGUGGUGCUGGAACAGUAUCGGACAGAGGAGCUGAUGAAAAUCUAUGAUGGUUUUGUGCUGACUCCAACUCCCUUCUCAAAGUGAGGACUCCUCCACAGUGUCUUUCAGCCAUAACCAAAACUCUAAUGGCAGCACAAAUGUUGCCUUCAAGGCAAUCUGUUCCUGCAAACACUGUCUCAAUCAGCCAAUCACGUUUACUCAGUAUUGUUUACAUCACACUGUAAGGUAUGGAUACUCAGCCAGUCCAACUAUAUAGCUCACCGUCUUCCCCAUACCAGCUGCUGAUUGGACAUGUGUUUUGAAAUAGAAUGACUAGACUGGUACUUUUCACAAGAAGCAUUUUAGAUAAGGACAGGAGAAAAAAAAAACACAAUGUGAGCACUGCUAGCACUGAAAAUCAGGUGAUGUAUUUUCAACGGACACUGCUGUGAUUCAAAAGCGUCAAGUAGCCAGUUCUGUGUAUUGAUUCAGGUACUUUUAUGCAAAUUCAGUAGAACUUUUUUACACCAAUCUAGUUAUUCUAUGUGUCCAUGAAUUUGCUGUGAUUCUAAUGUACCAGCAGGGGAAACGCUUCACAAGAGAAGUAGCUGAUUGUCACAUUUGGCAUCGUACUGGUUUCUGUUUCUGUUUAUUUGUUGUUGGGGUUUUUUGUUUUUUUUCAUAUUCAGGUAAAAGCUCUGACAUUUGUAACUCCUGUCUGUAAACUCUCUGAGGUGCUAUUCCAAUCUUAUUUAUGCUCGUUAGAUGCUUAAAAAAAAGUUUUACCAGCCUAGAAGUACACCACAUUGGCCUUGUGAACUUUAGAGGAGAGAUAAUUAGAAGAUUAAACACACACACAAAGGUUUUAUGUAAGCAUUAAAAAGAAAAAAACACAAAUUUUUAUCAGUGUCUCAAAAAUACGGGUUUAGCAGAGGACUAAAACAGUUUUGUUCUUAUUUGAAAAUUAAGUGUGCAGAAAGAAAAAUGAACUUUUUUGAUUUGUUUUUGGCUUCUUCACAGGUCUAAAUGGUGUUAGGUGUGGUUCUAUGACACAUGGAGGAAAAAAGGCAUUGUGAUGUCUUUUUCUUUUCUCUUUUUUUAUUAUUGGAAUGGGCAAACAGUCCCAGUUUUAUACCUCUUUUGUUUCAAUAUUCUUGUUUCUAGAUGACAGAGAAGAUAAAUAAUUGUAAAUUGUGAAUAAAUUUAUGGGAUACGCAGUGGUGUGCAUAGAUGGGGUGCGAGAGAGCAGGGGUCGCCGUUCGGGUUUAUGUCAGUGAAGUGCUCGUGAAGUGAAACGUCCGGAGGGACACACAAUCAUGUUAUAAUGCAAAAACCAGUGAGGUCAGACUGCAGGCCGCGUGAGUAUCGUCGGUCCUGAAGGGUCCAGCUCGGUGCGCUGCUGCUCAGAAGUUUGGGUUGGUUUCGGAAGAUUUUUUGUUUCUGAAAUAGAAGCAUAUUUGGUUUUUGUCUAAUGAGGCAUAGUGCUGAUCAGACGUGUCACAUGCUACAAAACAAUUUCUGAUUAAUGGACAAAGUCGUCAUUGCUUCGAAGAGAACCAUCACUUCUGUGUUCUGCGGUGUUUCCUGUUACAGCUUUAGUUAUGUGCUAAAAGGCUAUGUGGUCGUCAGAAGAGUGUUUUUGUAAAUUAAAUGAGUACAUGUGAAAAUGUUUUUUGAAGUAACGGAAGCAGUAAAUUUGGCUAGUUCAGUUGGAGCCAAAAAGAAAUUGACAAACUAGUUUUAAUCAGAAUGGAAAGAGAUUUUGGAGAGGCUGGUGCACAGCUGAGGAAGAGGAAAAGUCCAUCACUGACUAAAGACUGGUUUGAGAAACAGGUACCUCACAGGUCCUCACCUGGCAUCUUCAGUGAACAGCAGCUACAUAACGUCCGUCUCAGUGUCGGCAGUGAAGAGGUGACUCCAGGAUUCUGGCCUUCAAGCAAAGUUGUGAGGAAAGAGCCAUAUUUUGCUGUUCAGUCUUCUGCCCGUCUUGUGGCUUUUUUCCUUUGUGACACUGCUUAGACGCCUCUUUACUGCAGAUGUUCAGACAGGCAUUUUAUGGGCGCCGUUGAAGCUGCCAGAGAAGACGCCAUGUGGCAUCUAUUUUUCAAACUGGAGACUCAGAUGUACUUGGAUACUUUAUUAGCUGCACACAAGGACCUCCGACUUUUCUUGGUUAUAAGCAGAUUGUGCUGGUUCAGAGAAAGCUAUCAUAUACGCUGUUUUAUUAAAUAUUAUUUAGAACAUAAUCCUUCUUGAUGAAGCAGCUGCAAUCAGUCAAACAAAGGCCAAUGCUGCAGCUUCCGAGCAUGAUCACUUAGCCUUUUAACUUAACGAACUUGUAUUAGGUAACAGUGUACCGCUGGAACACACGCUGCUUCCUGAAAACAGCCCUCCAUUAAAAUAGUUACUAAUGAUGUAUAGUUAACGAUUCCGGUGGUCACUGAUCAUCAUUUACAAUUUGUCUAAUUUAAACUAAUAAUUAUUAAGUAAUUUCAAUUUUUUUCCAAAAACAAAUUAUUUUUUUAUUCUAAAAAAAAAAAGUGCACCAAAACUUUUGAACAGUAUUGCAUGUUCAAGAGCGUCUGAAUGUAAAUAUGUCAGGAAAGACCCAGAUUUCUUUGUUUAACAGCACAUCAAAUGAUUUUUGUUGUCAUUAAUUAAUUUUAUUGCUUAUAUUAGUAAUGGUGCAUUUAUUGUUCAUAUGACCUUCUUUUAUUUUGCGUUCACUUUUACUUGGGUACAAAAUGUGCCAAAGUUGAUGUAGCUUCACAUGUUGAGAUUUUAAGUCACAUAUUAAUGCAAUCUAUGAUGAUGAUGUUUUUUGUUUAUGAACACAACUAAUUUUGUCAAAGACACUUUUUUUAAAAAUUCUAAGCUACAAGCUAAAAAUCUCACGCGUGCUCUGUAAUGUAGUGUGACGCUGGGAGGCUGGUUGCCAUGCUGUAUGCGCCUAGCGCUGCUUCAAAGUACAUUCAGCAGCUUUUCUUCCUGCCGUUGUCUUUAGCGCUCGCUCCAGAGGCUCGGGUCUGUUUUUGAAUUUGGAUGGCGGUUCAACCUCACUGUCGUAUAACCAUUAUAAUAGAAUGCCCACGAAUGACAUCUUCCACAUCAUACCUCUGCCCCUCAUUAGUCUGUGCACACCAUUCAAUGUACAUAAUGUAUCUGUUUUCAGGUUUGCUAGAAGACUGUAGAUUUGUUCUCAAUCAGAAAUUUUAACUCGUCUUUGGUCGGACUUGUCCACCUUAGUCAUUUGUUUCUGUUGUUGCUAUAUUAAAACACACCCUAAAAAUAUCUUGUUUCACUGUAGUUUAAAUAACUGCAAUGGGAAACCUUUCCCGCUUUUAUACCUCUUUUUUUUUUUUGUCAGUUUCGUUUUUUUGGAUCACAGAGAAAAUGGAAAAUUGUAAAUUGUGACAUUAUUUAUACUGUACAUUGUCGUUUUCGUAUAUAUUUAUUGCAUAUCAAAGGAUACGUCACUUGACAAGGGGCUACAAGGUAUUUUAAAAAUGUAGUAUGGUCAUAAUGUGUUGAUAGGGGAAGUGCAAUCAGGGGGGUGGUUUAAUUUUCAUGGUGCUAGACCCCUCCUUGCCUCAGUGCCCCCUCAUUAAACAGCAUAUAAUGAUAUAUGAACAUAAGUCAGUGAUACAACUCAAACCAACCAUUUGGUGCUCAGAACCAUUUCAACACAGUUUACUGGUAACAGAAAUGGAAUGAUGUCUUUGUACUGUAUCUAACAGAUAAAUACGAGAUCUUUUUUAACAUUUUUUUUCCAUUGUAUGAAAUUCAUAAUCUUGUGAGGCAUUAGUGAUUUUAUGAUGAGCAUUAGCAGUAGUUGUAACUCUUGACACUUUUGCAGAGACUUUUAGGGAUGUGACUUUUAAUGGCGUCGAGGUUUUUCGUGUCUUGUCUUCAUUAUUGGGAUUAUUUGGAGAGGUGUAAUAAUGCUUCUUUUUUUUCCCCCUCUUGACUUGUUUGAUUUAUGCUGCACUUACUGUUUGAAAAAGAACUCACAUAGAAGAAGAAACCUGAGCCAGACCUGUCUUAAAUCCCUCUGUGAUUUUUCUGUGACAUAUUGUAUGGUUGUUCAAGAAAAUAAAAUGUUUUGAUAAAUUA